AUGAAUCAAAAUAAGAAAUUGACUGGUUUAAUAUUAUUAGCAAUUAUAUCAAUCAUUACUUUAUUCAACUUUAAAACAAUUUCCCAAAUAACUGCCAUCAGAUCAUUUGUCUCCCCUGCCUCUUCCACCGCUACUAAUACUAAUACUAAAUCAACAAUGUCAGAUUCCAAAGGUUACAUUAUCACUUUGAAAGAUACUUGUGCUGAUUCCGAAGCUAGUUCAAUUAAAUCAAAGAUUACUGAAUUGGGAGGUAAAAUCACUAAUGAAUUUAGUUUAAUCAAAGGAUUUUCUGCUCAAUUGCCAACUAUCCAUGCUGAAGCUUUACCUAAAGAUUUUGCUGGUAUUGCCAAUAUUGAAGAAGAUGGUGAAGUUCGUACACAAUAA